GAGCGAUGGAUUUUUUCUCAAACGGUUUCCAACAGCUAUUCCAUGAUUUGGAACAGAAUAUCUCGUCCCCAAAUGGAAACUACUUCGAGGACGUCAAUAACAACAGGAUGAGCAGUGACAGUGAUCCCUAUUACACCUGCGACUAUUACAGCUACCUUGACCCACAAAGUCUCGAAUUUCAACAGGAUGACGCGAAGGACUCAAUCUUGGGGAUCGAUCGGGCGCUGGAACAGUGUCUAGACUACUUGCUGCCUCUGGAAGAACACGAUGCUGGAAUUCAAUCUGACCAGUGCCAGUGGGAUUGGGAAAUCAGCUUUCUGGAUAGUUUGGUAGAAAUGCCAGAGCCCGAGCAGAAACUCCCUGAAAAAACACCCCUCUGCGAUGAUUCCUGCGAUUUAUUCCUCAAAGACGCCAGUGAAAAUCUAAAUCUGUAUCUAAAGCUUUUGCCAAGCGAUGCCAGUGAUCAGACGGAGAAGACAUUUCCCUGCACCUUCGGAGAAUGCACAAAGAUCUAUGCAAAGCCAGCCCACCUUAAGGCCCAUAUGCGUCGACAUAUGGGUGAAAAACCCUACGUAUGCACCUGGCCACAUUGUACGUGGAAGUUUUCGCGCUCCGACGAAUUGGCCCGCCAUCGACGAUCACACUCGGGAGUGAAACCCUACAAGUGUAACUAUUGUACGAAGUGUUUUGCCCGUUCGGACCAUUUGGCGAAACAUAGAAAAGUCCAUGAGCGACGACUGCUGGCACUUGGUGGAAAGGAUCGAUUGGGACAGGUGUUGCCUGCGAGUGUUUUUCAAGUGAGGCCAGGACGAAAGCCUAAAAAUCAAAAUCUUAGAUGAUUAUGAAUUAAAUAAGUUUGUUUUUAAGUUAAGUAGUUAAAUUCAGUGUAAAGUGUAUAUGUUUUUUUUUUAAUAAACAAACAAAAAUAAGAUAAGUACUAAUAAGGAAUUAUUAAAUAAAAUAUAGAAAAAUGCUGUUAUUAUCUUCAA